UCCUUUUUAUAUAUUCAUCUCAAUCAGGAUUUUUUUUUUUUAAUUUAAAUCAAAUUCUGCUUUUCCAAUCUGCAUAAGAAUAAUGUGGGAAACACGUUAUAUUUCAAUAAAAAAAAAGCAACAACAUCUGGUCACGGUCAGAUUUAAAUACGAGGAGAAAAACAAAAUAUGCAGAAAAACUUAAAGGAACUUCUUGUUCCAUUCCCCUGGACUUCAUGAUAUCUCAGGUAAACUGCAGACGCUGUUGAUCCAUCCUGGGGAAAAAACAAACUAACUCCAAACACAAAUCUAAAGUCGAGCUUCAGGAGAUACACUGCCUAUCAGAGUUUCGCAUUGAAUAGCUCCCCAUGCACACGCUGUAGCAAGGCAAGCAGAGGAAUUUCAGGGUGCAGAAAGGACCGCUCCUCCCUCUCUCUCUCUCUCUCUCUCUUUUUCUCUCUGCAUCCGAUUUUCCUCUCAUCUCUCCACUGCUCUAUGCUGAGAAAAGGGGGGAGGCGAGGAGGGGUAGGAAGGUGGUCUUGCAGUCGACGAGCGAAAAAAGGGAACAUGAGUUUGCUGAGGAGUAGCUGCAGCGAGAGGGGGAAAACCUUUGCCCAGGAGCCCUGCGGAUCGGUAAAGAAGGGACAAACGACCACUCUCUGCUCGGAGUCCGCCUCUUCAAUUGUUUAACUUGUUGAUGCAACGUUACAGCAGUUCUCCCUUUUUCUUCUUCUUUUUACCCCCUCCUCUUCUCUUCAAUCGUCUGGCUGCAGUGGGUAAUAGAUGGCUGGCGGGAUUGCAAAUAUUCCCUUCCGAGGAUUAGUGUUUUAUUGACUUCAUCGCGGACGCAGAUUAAUGAUGGAGCUUCUCUAUGAUGCAAUCUAUCUCUGAGCCCGUAGCACUGUGACAAGCGGAGAAGGGUCGUUAAAAAAAAAAAAAAAAAAAACUACAGGUCAGCAUGGCAGCAGGUGUAGCGGCAUGGCUUCCCUUCGCCAGAGCGGCGGCCAUCGGGUGGAUGCCGGUGGCGAGCACCCCGAUGCCCAUCCCUCCCCAGGACAAGAGGAAAGCCCAGGACGGACUCAUCAUCCUCAACGUGAGCGGCACCAAGUUCCAGACGUGGCGGACCACGCUGGAGAGGUACCCGGACACGUUGCUGGGGAGCACCGAGAGGGACUUCUUCUUCCACGAGGAGACCAGCGAGUACUUUUUCGACCGCGACCCCGACAUCUUCAGGCACAUCCUCAAUUUCUACCGCACGGGCAAGCUGCACUACCCGCGCCAGGAGUGCAUAUCGGCGUACGACGAGGAGCUCGCCUUCUUCGGCAUCAUCCCCGAGAUCAUCGGGGACUGCUGCUACGAGGAGUACAAGGACCGGAGGCGCGAGAACGCGGAGCGGCUCCAGGACGACGAGGAGAUGGACAUGAACAACGACGUCACGCCGGUGAAUCUGACGUUCCGGGAGUAUCUGUGGCGGGCUUUUGAAAACCCGCACACCAGCACCCUGGCGCUGGUGUUCUACUAUGUGACGGGCUUCUUCAUCGCCAUCUCGGUGAUGGCCAACGUGGUGGAGACGGUGCCGUGCGGAACUCUGCCCAACAGGUCCAAGGAGAUGUCCUGCGGGGACCGCUACGCGCUCGCCUUCUUCUGCUUGGACACGGCGUGCGUCAUGAUUUUCACGGUCGAGUACCUGCUCCGCCUGAUCGCCGCCCCCAGCCGCUGCAAGUUCAUGAAGAGCGUGAUGAGCGUCAUCGACGUGGUGGCGAUCAUGCCCUACUACAUCGGCCUGGUCAUGACCGACAACGACCAGGUGAGCGGGGCGUUCGUCACGCUGAGGGUCUUCCGCGUCUUUCGGAUUUUCAAGUUUUCCCGGCACUCCGCGGGGCUGCGCAUCCUGGGCUACACCCUGAAGAGCUGCGCCUCCGAGCUGGGCUUCCUCCUCUUCUCCCUCACCAUGGCCAUCAUUAUAUUCGCCACGGUCAUGUUUUAUGCAGAGAAAGGCUCCACAGCAACCAAGUUCACCAGCAUCCCCGCAGCCUUUUGGUACACCAUCGUCACCAUGACAACACUGGGGUACGGUGACAUGGUGCCAAAGACGAUUGUGGGGAAGGUGUUUGGGUCCAUAUGUUCUCUGAGUGGGGUGCUGGUCAUCGCCCUGCCUGUCCCUGUGAUAGUGUCAAACUUCAGCCGUAUUUACCACCAAAGCCAGCGGGCGGAGAAACGACGAGCCCAGAGGAAAACUCGCCUCGCUAGAAUCCGUGCUGCCAAGAUUCGGGGCACUAACGCCUAUAUGCGCUACAAACAAAACGGGCUCCUGAUCGACGCGCUGGAGGAGGCCUCUAAGGAAGCAGGACAAGCCCUGGUUGGAAAGGCGGCCAACCCUCCGUUUGAGAGCCAACAUCAUCAUUUGCUGCACUGCCUGGAGAAGACGACGAAUCACGAGUUUGUGGACGAGCAGACCUUCCAGGCCAACUGCAUGGAGAUCUCGGUGGUGAACAAGUCGGGCUCGCGCACCUCAUCGUUGUCCUCGUCUCCGCACGGCCUCAGCUCCUGCUGCUCGCGGCGCCACAGGAAGAAGAGCAGCUUCAGCCUGCCGAGCACCAACAACCAGGAGCUCAGCACCAUCCAGAUCAGAGAGCGGCCCGUGUCCAACAGCCGCUCCAGCCUGAACGCCAAGCUGGACGAGACGAUGCCCUUGAAGUGCGACGAGGCUUACAUCUCCCCGUCCAUGGUCCGGCUGUCCGCCCCGGUGGCGACCUCGUCGGACGACGCCUCCACCGCCACCACCACGUACUCGCAGAGCAACAUUGUCCGAGUAUCUGCCUUGUAGAUGUCGCACCUGCCUCACCUGACCGGCCCAAACUGGUCUGGAGAAGCACCAGAUGCUGAGGAGAGGGACCACCGAGCAUCAACCUGCCAUAACCGAGAGGCAUUAUAAGCUUGACAGCUGUUGGGAUUUUUCUUAUUUUGAAGUUGUGAUUUCAUCUGAUGUCAAACUCUGCAUGGUGUUACAAAAGAAAACAAAAACACAAAAAAACAAACAAAAAACUUUGAGGACCGCGGCCCCCCCGGGGCCGGAGUUUGAUGUUGAACCAGCAGAUCUUUGCUUCAUUAAGCACAUCAAAGCGAGGAGGCGCUUGGAAUGAUCGUCAUCGUUGCCUAAACAUACUGAGAGAAA